UUGGAAUGUACAGAAAAUUUGGAUAUACAGUUUAUCGACGUGUUACUGGUUAUUAUUCUUCUGGUGAUAAUAGUGAAGAAGAUGCAUAUGAUAUGAGAAAACCAUUGAAAAGGGAUGUAAACAGAGAAAGUGUAGUUGAAAAUGGAGAAUUGAAUUAUGUCAGACCCGAAGAUUUAUAA